AUCACCUAGCUAGAAAGGAGAGCACCGAGCACUGCACCACUACUGCUGAUAUGAGCACCUGAACCUUCUGGGCAACCACAUCCGGUCCCUGCCCCUGAUCAUCCGCAGCAGCCAUGGCGCAGCAGCAGGAGAAGAAGCAGCAGCAGAGGGGGAAGCUGCAGAGGGUGCUAAGGGAGCAGAAGGCUCGGCUCUACAUCAUCCGCCGAUGCGUCGUCAUGCUCCUCUGCUGGAGUGACUGAUCCAUCUCAAGCAUGCAUGAUAAACCUGUGCUCUUUUUUUUUCCUUCUGUUUUUUCCCCUCUUUUUCCCAUCCUUUUCACCUUGCCACUUUGGUGGGCG